AUGGGCAACGUGCCCGCGGCCAAGGGCAAUGAGUCUCGCGUCGUGGCCGAGGUUGGACCCCAUUCCGAAGGCGGCUCUGACAGCGACCAUGGUGACAAAGAUCAACUGGCGCGAUUGGGAAAGAAGCAAGUCCUUAGGCGCAACUUUGGCUUCAUGUCGAUUCUCGGUUUCAGCUGCACCAUUCUUAUCACUUGGGAAGCCGUCACGGUGCUCUUCGCCCAAGGUCUCAACAACGGCGGCACUGCAGGUGUCCUCUACAGCUUCCUCUUCGUCUGGUUCGGCAACUUCAGCGUCUUCACCACCAUGAGCGAGCUGGUCUCCAUGGCGCCCACGUCCGGCGGACAAUACCACUGGGUCGCGAUGCUGGCGCCUCGAUCUUGCGCCAAGUUCUUGAGCUAUGUUACUGGAUGGUUGACUGUCGGCGGCUGGCAAGGCUCUGUCUCGUCCAGUGCUCUCCUCACUGGCAACAUGAUUCUUGGUAUGGCUACAAUGAACAACGCUAGCUUUGAGCCGAAGCUGUGGCAGGGCACUCUGCUCUUUUGGGUCAUCCUUCUAUUCGCCGUCUUCAUCAACACUCUUGUCAGCUCUGCGCUGCCCAAGUUCGAAGGCCUCAUCCUGAUCCUACACAUUCUUGGCUUCUUCGCCAUUCUCAUUCCUCUCGUUACUCUCGGGCCGCACGGCGACGCCAAGGAGAUCUUUACGACAUGGGUCAACAAUGGUGGCUGGUCGACUCAAGGAAUAUCCUUCAUGGUCGGCAUGAUGGGCAACGCUUUUGCGUUUGUCGGUACCGAUGCCGCAUUCCACAUGUCCGAGGAAACCGUCAACCCCAGUGUUGUGGUCCCCCGAUCGAUCCUACUGAGUCUCAUCAUCAACGGCACUUGCGGUUUCGCCAUGCUUAUCGCCAUGGUAUUUUGUAUGGGCAACUUCGACGACGCUGCUGCCUCCGCUCCGGGUGCUCUGGGAUUCCCUCAUAUGUACAUCUUCCAGCAGGCCACCAACUCGACUGGCGGUGCUACCGUCAUGGCUGCCAUCAUCAUGAUUCUGGGUGCUUGUGCGACUGUCGGCAUGCUUGCCUCAACUUCCCGGGUUUUCUGGUCAUUUGCCCGUGACCGUGGUCUUCCUUUCUGGGGGGUCCUCUCAAGGGUCGACGGCCGCACUACGGUUCCCGUCUGGGCUAUUGCCUUCACCUCCGUCAUUGCAAUUCUUCUGUCGUUCAUCAACAUUGGUUCUCCCGUCGCCUUCCAAAACGUCACUUCACUCUCCAUUUCCUGCCUUUACGCUUCAUACCUCAUUGCCGCGGUACUUCUCCUUUACCGUCGAAUGACCAAGGGCUUCGCUCUUCCUGAUUCAGAUCUGCCAGCCCUCGCCAAUACUGCUGGUGCCGAACUUGUCUGGGGUCCAUUCCACCUUCCUGGUAUUUUUGGUAUUGCAAACAAUGUCCUCACCAUUUGCUACCUGAUUACCGUUGGCUUCUUCAGCUUCUGGCCUCCAGUUCUAAACCCAUCCGUCGACAUGAUGAACUACAGCGUUGUGGUGACGGGUGGUCUCGUUAUCUUUAGCGUCCUCUAUUACGUGUUGUGGGCCAGGAAGGAGUAUAAUGGACCUCUGGUUGAGAGGUAA